UAUUAGGAAUUUUUGCAUCUAUGCUCAUCAGGGUUAUUGGUCUGAAAUUUUCUCUCCUUGAUGUUUCUUUGUCUGGUUUUAGUAUCAUGGUGAGACUAGCAUCAUAGAAUGAGUUUGGAAGGGUUCUUUCCUUUUCCAUUUCAUGGAAUAAUUUGAGUAGAUUUGGUAUUAGUUAUAAUUUGAAGGUCUGGUAGAACUGGGCUCAGAAUCCAUUUGGCUUUUUUUCUUGGUAGACUUUUUAUGGCUUCUUCAAUUUCAUUCCUUGAAGUUUAUCUGUUUAAAUUUUCCUGUCCUGACUCAAUUUUGGUAGGUCACAUGUCUCUAAAACUUUGUCAGCUUUAAUUACUUCCUGUCUUCUGCUUUUUUGAAAAAUUACUUAUUUAUUCUAAUUUGUUAUACAUGAUGACAGAAUGCAAUUUACUUCAUAUUACACAUAUAGAGCACAAUUUUUCAAGUCACUGAAUGUACACAAAGUAUUUUCACAUCAUUUGUGUCUUCAUACAUGUAUUUAGGGUAAUGAUGUCAUAUAUUUGUUGAUUGAUUGUAUAUCCUUUUCUGAGAAGUGUCUGUUCAGUUCCUUAGCCCAUUUAUUGAUUUUUUUUUUUGGUAUUAAGGUUUUUGAGUGCUUUAUAUAUCCUAGAGAUUAGUGCUCUAUCUGAUGUGCUUGUACUAAAGAUUUGCUCCCAUUCUGUAGGCUCUCUAUUCACCUCACUGAUUGUUUCUUUUGCUGAGAAGAAGCUUUCUAGUUUAAAUCCAUCCAAUUUAUUGAUUCUUGGUGUUAAUUAUUGUGCUAUAGGAAUCUUAUUAAGAAAGUUGGAGCCUAGUCUGACAUGAUGGAGAUUUGGGUCUGCUUUUUCUUCCAUUAGGCACAAGGUCUCUGGUUUAAUUCCUAGGUCCUUGAUCCACUUUGAGUUGAGUUUUGUGCAUGGUGAGAGUUAGAGAUUUAAUUUCAUUUUGCUACAUGUGGAUUUCCAGUUUUCCCAGCACCAUUUGUUGAAAAGGCUAUCUUUUCUCCAAUGUGUUUUUGGCACCUUGUCUAAUAUAAAGUAACUGUAGUUAUGUGGGUUAGACUCUGUGUCCUCUAUUCUGUACCAUUGGUCUACCAGUCUAUUUUGGUGCCAAUACCAUGCUGUUAAAUGUUACUAUUGCUCUGUGGUAUGGUUUAAGGUCUGGUAUAGUAAUGCCAUCAGCUUCACUCUUCUUGCUAAGGAUUGCUUUGGCUAUUCUGGGUCUCUUAUUUUUCCAGAUGAAUUUCAUGAUUGCUUUUUCUAUUUCUAUAAGGAAUGCCAUUGGGAUUGCAUUGAAUCUGUAUAGUGCUUUUGGUAGUAUGUCAUUUUGACAAUAUUAAUUAUGCUAUCCAAGAACAAAGUAGAUCUUUCCAUCUUCUAAGGUUUUCUUUAAUUUCUUUCUUUAGCGUGUUGUAGUUUUCAAUGUAGAGGUCUUUCACCUCUUUCAUUAAAUUUAUUCCUAAGUAUUUUAUUUUUUUCUGAGGCUAUUAUAAAUGGGGAGGUUUUCCUAGUUUCUCUUUCAGUGAAUUUGUCACUGAUGUACAGAAAUGCCUUUGAUUUAUGGGUAUUGAUUUUAUAUCCAGCUACUUUGCUGAAUUCACUUAUUAGUUCUAGGAGAUUUCUGGUGGAAUUUUUGGGGUCUUCUAGGUAUAGAAUCAUAUAAUCUGCAAAUAGUGCUAAUUUGAGUUCUUCCUUUUCCUAAUCUUUUAAUUUCUUUUGUCUGUCUGAUUGCUCUGGCUAGAGUUUUAAUAACUAUGUUGAAUAGAAGUGAUGAAAGAGGGCACCCCUGUCUUGUUCCAGUUUUUAGAGGGAAUUCUUUCAAUUUUUCUCCAUUUAGAAUGAUGUUGGCCUGAAGCUUAGCAUAAAUAGCCUUUACAAUGUUGAUAUAUGUUCCUGUUAUCCCUCACUUUUCUAGCGUUUUGAACAUAAAGGGGUGCUGUAUUUUGUCAAAUGCUUUUUCUUCGUCUAUCAAGAUGAUAAUAUGAUUCUUAUCUUUGAGUCUAUUGAUGUAAUGAAUUACAUUUAUUGAUUUCUGUAUGUUGAACCAACCUUGCAUCCCUGGGAUGAAUCCCACUUGAUCAUGGUGCACAAUCUUUUUGAUAUGUUUUGUAUUCGAUUUGCCAGAAUUUUAUUGAGGAUUUUUGCAUCUAUGUUCAUUAGAGAUAUUGGUCUGAAGUUUUCUUUCUUUGAAGUAUCUUUGUCUGGUUUUGGAAUCAGGGUGAUAUUGGCCUCAUAGAAUGUGUUUGGAAAUGUUUCCUCUUUUUCUCUUUCAUGAAAUAGUUUGAGAAAUAUUGGUGUGUGUUUUUCUCUAAAGAUCUUUUAGAAUUUAGUUGUGUAUCCAUCUAGUCCUGGGCUUUUCUUGGUUGGUAGGUUUCUGAUGGCGUCCUCUAUUUCAUUUCCUUGCUUAAAAUUGAUCUGUUUAAAUUGUGUAUAUCAUCCUGAUUUAGUUUGGGCAUAUCAUAUGGCCUCUAGAAAUUUGUCGAUACCUCUAAUAUUUUCUCUUUUAUUGGAGUACAAAUUUUCAAAGUAAUUUCUAAUUAUUCUCUGUAUUUCUGUAGUGUCAAUCAUAUUUCCUUUUUCAUCACGGAUGUUAAUAAUUUGAGUUUUAUCUCUCUUUUUAUUAGCAUUGCUAAUAGUUCAUCAAUUUUAUUUAUUUUUCCGAAGAACCAACUUUUUGUUUUAUCAAUUUUUUUCAAUUGUUUGUUUCAAUUUCACUGAUUUCAGCUCUGAUUUAAAUUAUUUCCCAUCUCCUACUGCUUUUAGGGUUGAUUUGUUCUUCUUUUUCUAGGGUUUUGAGAUAUAAUGUUAGGUCAUUUAUUUGUUGACUUUUUCUUCUUUGAAGGAGUGAAUUCCAUGCAAUAAACUUUCUUCUUAGAACUGCCUUCAUAGUGUCCCAGAGAUUUCAAUAUGUUGUUUUGGUGCUCUCAUUUACCUCUAAGAAUUUUUUUAAUCUCCUCCUUGUUAUCUUUUGCAAUCCAUUUUUCAUUCAAUAGUAUAUUAUUUUGUCUUCAGGUGUUGGAGUAGCUUUUAUUUUUUAUUUUAUCAUUGAUUUCUAAUUUCAUUCCAUUUUGGUCUGAUAGAAUGCAUGAUAGUAUCUCUACUUUUUUGUAUUUACUAAGAUUUGAUUUGUGGCAUAAUAUAUAUGGUCUAUUUUAGAGAAGGAUCCAUGUGCUGCUGAGAAGAAAGUGUAUUUGCUCAUUGAUGGAUAAUAUAAUCUAUAUAUUAGGUCUAAGUUAUUGAUUGUAUUCUAGAUUUCUAUAGUUUCUUUGUUUAGCUUUUGUUUGGAAGAUCUAUCCAGUAGUGAAAGAGGUGUGUUAAAAAGUCACUCAGAUUACCGUUUGUGGUCUAUUUGACUCUUGAACUUGAGAAGAGUUUGAUUGAUGGACGUAGAUGCUCCAUUGUUUGGGGCAUAUAUAUUUAUAACUGUUAUGUCUUGUUGAUGUAUGGUUCUCUUAAGUUGUACAAAAUAUCCAUGUUUCUCCCUUUUGAUUAACUUUGGCUUGAAGUCUACUUUAUUUGACAUGAGAAUGGAAACCCCUGCUUGCUUACAUAGACCAUGUGAGUGGUGUAUUUUUUUCCCCCAACCUUUCACCUUCAGUCUGUGGGUGUCUUAUCCUAUGAGAUGAGUCUCUUGAAGGCAGCAUAUUGUUGGGUCUGUUUUUAAAAAUCCACUUUACCAGCCUAUAUCUUUUGAUUGGUGAGUUUAGACCAUUAACAUUUAGAGUUAUUAUUGAGACAUGAUUAGUAUUACCAGUAACUUUUGUUUAUUUUUGGUAUUUAGCUUGACUUGGUUUCUCCUUUGGUUGGCUUUUCCUUUAUUGUAGUUUUUCCCUUUGCAGAUUUUCAUUGUUGUUUUUCAUUUCCUCCUCAUGGAAUAUUUUGCCAAGAAUGUUCUGUUGUGCAGGCUUUCUUGAUGUAAAUUCUUUUAACUUUUGUUUUUCAUGGAAGGUUUUUAUUUCAUUGUCAAAUUUGAAGUUUAAUUUUGCUGGAUAUAAGAUUCUUAUUUGGCAUCCACUAUCUUUUAGAGCUUGGUAUAUAUUGUUCCAGGAUCUCCUAGCUUUGAGAACCUGGGUUGAAAAAUCAGCUGAGAUCUGAAUUGGUCUUCCCUUAUAGGUAGUCUGAUUUUUCUCUCUUGCAGCUUUUAAAAUUCUAUCCUUAUUCUGUAUGCUAGGCAUUUUCCUUGUAAUGUACCUUGGGGUAGAUCUGUUGUAAUUUUGUACAUUUGGUGUCUUAUAGGCCUCUUGUAUUUGAUUUUCCAAUUCAUUCUUCAUGCUUGGGAAAUUUUCUGAUAUUAUUUCAUUGAAGAGAUUGUGCAUCCCUUUUGGUUUGAAUCUCUGAACCUUCCUCUAUCCCAAUAAAUCUUAAAUUUGAUCUUUUGAUGGUAUCUCAUAAUUCUUGGAUAUUCUGUUUAUGGUUUCUUACCAUCUUCACUGUGAAGUCAACUUUAUUUUCAAGAUUGUAUAUUUUGUCUUCAUUGCCUGAGGUCCUAUCUUCCAAGUGUUCUAGUCUGUUGGUGAUGCUAUCUAUUGAUUUUUUUAAAUUGGCUUAUUGUUUCUUUCAUUUCGAGGAUUUCUGUUUGUUUUUCCCCCUAGUAUCUCUAUCUCUUUCUUGAAGUAAUCUCUUUUUAAAAAUUAUGUUUUUAUUUUUUAAAAAAUAUUUUAAUACAUUUAUUUUAUUUACUUAUUUAUUUUUUAGAGAGAGAGAGAGAGAGAGAGAGAGAGAGACAGAGAGAGAGGGAAUUUUUUAAUAUUUAUUUUUUAGUUUUCGGCGGACACAACAUCUUUAUUUGUAUGUGGUGCUGAGGAUCGAACCUAGUGCUGCGCGCAUGCCAGGUGAGCGCGCUACCGCUUGAGCCAUGUCCCCAGCCCUUAUUUACUUAUUUUUAUGUGGUGCUGAGGAUCAAACCCAGGGCCUCGCAUUUUCUAGGCAAGCACUCUACCGCUGAGCCACAACCGUAGCCCUUGAAGUAAUCUCUUGCAACCUGAAUUUGCUCUCUUAUCUCUUUGUUGGUGUGAUUGAUGGUCGCCUGAAUUUGUUCUCUUAUCUUUUUGUUGGAAUGGUCAAUUUUUGCCUGUAUCUGCUUACUUAGGUCAUUCUUUAAUUCCCAAAUCAUUUUAGGUAUGUAUAUUCUGAACUUCUUCUCUGAAAUUUCACCUACUGUGCUAUCUGUGGAUUCUAUUGUUGUAGUAUCUUGGUUUGUUUGGGGUACUUUCCUCUCUUGCUUUUUCAUGAUAUCUAUGUGUCUUCCUUUGUUGCAGUGUAUAUCUGAGGGAUUACAGCUUCUGCCCUAUUGUCUUAUAGUGUCCCUACAGGUUCCUAAUAUCUCACUUUUAAGGGAGAGAUGAAUAUUACAGCACUCAAUGUACCCAGUUAGCUUCUGUUUUUACAUUUACAGUUUUGUCACUAUAAUCAAAAAUGAUGAGUUCAGUUAUCUUCUACCAUAUGGUCAGUAGAUUUGCAUAAUGGUUUACAGUUUCUGAUGGUGGAAGGAGUGAUGGGGGUUGACUGAGAUGUUUAUGAUGUAGGAUGUGAGAGGUAUUAUAUGGAGGUAUUGGAUUAUAUGACUAAUGAGAGGGUAAUCAGAAGUUGGCUGUUGGUUGGAGAAACAAGAGAUAGGAAACCCCAUGCAAGACUCUGUUACCUCAGCAACAGGAUUUCUGUUAGCACCCCUAGUAGGGAAACUUCUGGUGCAUCCAGGCCCACAGGGACCUUGAUGAUGUCUUACCAGGUCCUUAUUAUUGUUCCUUGCUAGAAGUGAUGCUAUUCCAGUUUUGUGGUGGUGGCAGCCUCAAGCCUAUAUGUACCUUGAUGUUGGGCUGUGGAGCCAUGCUUUAGAAUAAGGAACCCCAGCGUGGAGUGGCUCUGUUCCAGACUUCGGGACACAGUGGCGUGGGAUGGGCGGGCUCUCCCUCCAGAACUUCCUUCUACUGCUUUUGAUGUUGAUUUGUUCUUCAUUUUCUUGGGCUUUGAGAUGUAAUGUUAGGUUAUUUUUUGGUGACUUUCUAUUGUUUCAGUGAAUGAGCUCAAUGCAAUGAACUUUCCUGUUAUACCUGUCUUCAUAGUGUCUCAGCAAUUUUGAUAUGUUGUAUUACUGUUCUCAUUUACCUCUAAGUAUUUUAGUUAUUUCAUUCCCGAUUUCUUCUGCUAUCCAUUCAUCAUUCAAUAGUAUAUUAUUUAGUCUCAAGGUGUUAGAGUAGCUUAUAUUUUUUAUUUUAUCAUGGAUUUCUAAUUUCAUUCCAUUAUGAUCUGAUAGAAUUCAAGGUAUUAUCUCUAUUUUCUUAUAUUUGCUAAGAUUUUCUUUGUGGCCUAAUAUAUGGUCUAUUUUAGAGAAGGAUCCAUGUGUUGCUGAGAAGAAAGUGUAUUCAGUCAUUUAUGGGUGAAAUAUUCUAUAUAUGUCUGUUAAGUUCAAAUUAUCAAUUGUAUUUUUUAGUUCAAUAGCAUCUUUAUUUAGUUUUUGAUUGAUUGGAGAAUCUAUACAGUGGUGAUAGAGGUGUGUUAAAGUCACCCACUAUUAUUGAGUUGUGGUCUAUUUGAUUCUUGAAAUUGAGGAUUUGUUUGAUGUAUGUAGAUGCUCCAUUGUUUGGAGCAUAAAUAUUUAUUAUUGUUAUGUCUUAUUGAUAUAUAAUUCCCUUAAGCAGUAUGAAUGUCCUUCUUUGUCCCUUAUGAUUAUCUUUGAUUUGAAGUCCAGUUUAUCUGAUAUGAAGAUAGAAACCUCUGCUUGUUUACAAAAUCCGUGUUAAUGAUGUAUUUUUUUCCCCCAUCCUUUUACCUUCAGUCUGUGGAUGUGUUUGCCUAUGAGGUGAGUCUCUUGAAGACAGCAUAUUGUUGGGCUGUUCUUAAUCCAAUCUGCUAUUCUAUGUCUUUUGAUUGAUGAGUUUAGGCCAUUUAUAUUCAGUGUUAUUAUUGAGAAAUUAUUUUUAUUCCCUGUCAUUUUGAUUUAUUUAUGGUUUUAAUUUGAAUUAAAACUGAUUGGCUAUUCUUCUAGUAUAGUUUCUCCCUUUGCUGUUUUUCACUUUUAUUUAUCAUUCCUUCUUUAUGAAAUAUUUCACUGAGUAUCUUUUGUAGUGCAGGCUUUCUAGUUGUGAUUUUUUUUAAACUUUUUUUAUUCAUGAAAGUUUUUUUUUUUUUUCAUCAUCAAUUCUGUAGCUUAAAUUUGCUGGGCACAGUAUUCCUGGCUGGCAUCCAUUUUCUUUCAGAGCUUGGUAUAUGUUAUCCCAAGACCUCCUAGCUUUGAGGGUGUGGGUUGAGAAAUCAGCUCAGAUCCAGAUUGAUUUCCCUAUGACUAUUAUCUGUAAUUAUUUUCUGGUAACCUUUAAAAUUUGAUCCUUUUUCUCUAUGGUAGGCAUUUUCAUAAUAAUGUGCCUUGAUGUGUGUCUGUUAUAAUUUUGUGGUUUUGGGGUCAUGUAAGCCUUCUGUAUUUGAUUUUCCAUUUUAUUCUUCAGGUUUGUGAAAUUUUCUGAUAUUAUUUCAUUGAAAAAAAUAUGUAUUUAUUUGGUUUAUAUCUCUGCACCUUCACUUAUCCCAGUAAAUCUUAAAUUUGUUUUUUCAUGUUGUCCCAUAUUUCUUAGAAGUUCUGUUCAUGGUCUCUUAGCAUCUUUUUUCCAUGGUCAACUUUGUUCUCAAGAUUAUAUAUUUUGUCUUCAUUGCCUAAAACUGUCUUGCAAGUGACCUAGUCUGUUGUUGAUGCUUUUAAUUGAAUUUUUAUUUAUUGAUUCCUAUAUUUUGAGGAUUCCUGCCUGAUUUCUUUUCAGAAUCUCUGUCUCUUGAAGUGAUCUUUCACUUACUCUAUAUUUCUGUCUGAUUUUACUCUUUAUAUUGUUCUUUACCUUGAAGAUCAGUUUAAAUAUGUACAUUUUGAACUUCUUCUCUGACAUUUCUUCCACUGUGGUGUUGAUGGAUUCUGUUAUUUGAGUAUCUUGUUUUGUUUGGGGCAAUUUGUUACCUUGCUUUUUCAUGUUGUUAGUGUGUCUACCUUCUACCAGUAUGGAUCUGAGGCAGAAGAGCUUCUACCAUCUAGAUUUAUAGUUUCCCUGUUUCCAGUAUCUCACAAUUUUGGGGGAGACAAAUAAUAACAACAAUCAUUACAAUCAAUAUACAGCAUUAAACCAAAUAGUUCCUGCUGUGACAACUACAAUGCUAAUUGUCACAAUAAACAGAAUUGACAUAAGUUAUUGCCUACAAUAAAAAUGGUAAGUUGACAAAAGAGUUUACAAUUUUGGAUGAUGAACAGGGAGAGAAUAGAAGUGCUGCUUAUGAGAGAAGAUAAGAGCAGAUAGAAGCAAAAAAUUGAAGAGUGAAAGAGAGAACAAUAGAGAUUGGCUCUUAUUUGAAGAAAAGAGCGAAAUAGAAUUAAGCAAUACAGAAGGGUGAGAGGAAAAAUAUACAUAUAAAGUAAAAAUUUUAAAAAAAUAUUAAAAAUAAAAGAACACAAAACAAAACGGAAAGAUAUCAAUCAAACAUCAAAAAGUAAUCCAUGAAAAAUAACUGGCUUCAAAAAUGCUAGAAAUGAGGGGGAAAACCCCCCAAAUAUGAGUGUGUAUAAAUGUCCAUGAAUCAUUAAGGUCACAAUUAACCAGAGAAAAGAAAAAAAAAGUGAGAAAAAAAGUUUUAUGAAAAGUUAAAAAAUUGUUUUCAUUGGAUUUCAAAAGAUUUUCAUCUUCUCAGCAUAAUUAGAUGGGGUCAUCUGGAGCAUGAUGCUCCACCCUCCAGAUGCUGGAGUGAGUGAGGUAAUCUCUUCGGCAGAAUUCCUGGAAAUGGGGUUUAGGCUUUGAUGGGCUCUUUGCUGAAUGCCAGUUGUUCUGGAGAUGGCCCAGCAGUUGCCGGGGUCCCUGAUGGAAGACUGUACACCAGGGACUUCCCCUGGGUUCUACUCAUAGGUUGGAGGAGUCAAUUCAUAGUCCACUACAUCACCUGUGGACUCCACCUUUCCUGAUCUCUGGUUCAGUCUCCAAACUCAAUCUUGCCUGCCCCCCACCCUUUUGAAUUCCUCUCCCAGCUGGUCCUGCAAGCUUUGGAGGGGAAGGGUGAGAGCCAGGUGGGUUUCCAUGACCAGUGUAAGCCUCUGUGUUAACCCUGUGUAAUCCUCUCUCCAGGUUUGUUUUUCUCCUGGUCACUUAGGCACACUCUAUAUUGUGCUGUGUGGGUUUGCCAGGUCUGUAUUUCAGGCCAAACUUGGGUUUGCCAGGGAUCUGCUCCCCAGGGAUCUGCCAGCCCCCAUACCACAGCUGCAAUAUGGUUCUUUCCUCUGUCCUCUCCUCACCUUCCCUGCAAAAGAAUAUUUUGCAGCAUGCCUUUCAGUUUAGACGGGCAGUGUCUUUGAUCUCUAACUCUCCAUACCCAGACACGCCUCAGGCCUCCUUGAUGAGAAGCUGCCUGUCUGCUUUCUUGGUUUCAUUCCACGGAGCAGCUAGGAAAGCAACCUUCUCUACUCUGGCAUCAUAACCCCCUCCAACCUAUAUCUUUUGAUUGAAGAGUCCAUUCACAUUCAAUGUUAUUAUAGAGUGACAUACUUUAUUUCAGUGCCAUUUUGAUGUAUUUUUAAUGUUUAAAUUGGACUUGAUGCUCCUUUAAUGGACUCUCCUUCUACUGUAAUGCAUCCCUAUGCUGGUUUUCAUUUUUAUUUUUCAUUUCUUCUUCAUGAAAUAUUUAAUUGAGUAUGUUUUGUAAUAUAGGUUUUGUGAUUCUGAAUUCUUUUAGCUUCUGUUUGUCAUGGAAGGUUUUUAUUUCAUCUUCAAUUCUGAAACUUAAUUUUUCUGGAUAUAGUAAUCCUGGUUAAAACUGAUUUUCUUUCAGAGUGUGGUAUAUAUUAUUGCAUGCCCUCUGCCUUUUAGUUUUGGGUGGAGAAAUCAGUUGAAAUUUGAAUUGGUUUUCCUGUAAAUGUGACAAUCUAUUUAUCUCUUGAAAAUUUUAAAAUGCUAUCCUUAUUCUCUAUGUUAGACAUUUUCAUAAUAAUUUGUUGGAGUGGAUCUAUUGUGAUUUUGUAUAUUUGGUGUCCUAUAUGCCUCUUAUAUUUGAAUGUCCUUCUUAUUCUUAAUGUUUGGAAAAUUUUCUAAUAUUUCAUUGAAAAGAUUGUGCAUACUUUUAGUUUGUAUUUCAGAACUUUCAUCUACCCCAGUGUUUCGUAAAUUUAAUAUCUUGAUGUUUUCCCAGCAUAUUCUGGUUAUGGUCUCUUAACAUUUCUUCCUUAUGGUCAGUUUUAUUUUUGAGGUUAUGUUCUUUGUCUUCAAGGACUGAAAAUCUAUUUUCAAAAUGGCCUAAUCUAUUGGUGAUUCUUUUUUCCACUGAAUUUUCAAUUGGAUUUAGUAGAUUUUUAUUUCCAGGAUUUCCAUUUGGUUCUUUUACAGAAUCUUCAUUUCUUUAUUGAAGUGAUCUUUACUUCCUAUUUAUUUUCUCUUUCACUCUUUUAUCUCAUGAACAUUUUAACUAUGAACUUUCUAAAUUAUUUUUUGACAUAUCUUCCUCUGUGGUGUUAAUGGGGUCAGUUGUUGAAGUGUUCUGAGUUGUGAGGUGGUUUGUUCUCUUGCUUUUUCAUAUUGCUUGUAUAUCUCCCCAUCUAAUAGGAUGGUUAUUGCUUCUUCUUAUAAGCAAAUGCCUACUUUGUUAGCUUUAUUGUUUUAUAAGCCCUGGUGUUGGAAGAAUAUCCAGGUAUUAAUAGUUUAGCUCAAUGUGUGGCCUCUAUUGAUUCCAGGAUCAGAUCCACUUUGAGAGAUGUCACUGAAGCCUAUUUUCUAUAAUGACUUCAGAGUCAAAGCACAUAUACAACCUUAUGAAAAGUGAAAAACUUGUUGAUAUUGUUCUACACAAUUGCUCUAAUUUAGUAUAAACUUUUCAUAAGUUUAUAACUGGAACAGGCUGAAGAAUUAGUUACGAAUAGAGUAAAACUGCUAUAAUAUUAUAUUAAGGCUGAAAAGGGGAAGAAGAUUGGGCAAAAGAGUGAGAAAAAGAAUAGAAUGCUAAGACUGAAUUAAAAAGGUAAAAAAUGUGGAUCCUAGUUGAGGUAGUGGUAGACAGUGUGAAAGGAAGAAUAGGGGAUAAGAGGAACAAGUGUAAACUAGGGAUAGGAAGAAUGAUUCCAAAUGAUAUACUUUUUAAAAAUUUUUAUUUUAUUUUAUUUUUUUUUUAAAGAGAGAGAGAGAGAGAAUUUCAAUAUUUAUUUUUCAGUUUUCGGUGGACACAACAUCUUUGUUUGUAUGUGGUGCUGAGGAUCGAACCCGGGCCGCACGCAUUCCUGGCGAGCGCGCUACCGCUUGAGCCACAUCCCCAGCCCCCAAAUGAUAUUUUAAACUGUUAGGAAAAAAAUGUAUUUAUGUGGGUUGAAGGUACAAUGUUGGCUAUUAGGGUAAGAACUAGCAGUCAAGAUAGAGUUUUAUAUAUCAUUAAGGUUGACAUUAAAGUUACUUAUAGAAAACCAUGCCAAGAUGAGUUUCAUUACGAUUUGGGGCAUUUUGAAGGUGUCUGUCAUUCUUUGCCCUUGAAUCUUUCCAGAGAUGCUGGGACACAGGAGCCACUCUCCUAGUUGCAAUGGACCUUCCAUCAACUGGUUGGUUCUGGUUUGUCAGCUCAGGGGCCUGUGGCUAAGUGCUUGGAGGGUGUGGUAUUGUGUCUGUUGUGUGUUUCUAUUGUGUGAAGAAGUUCUGGAUGAAGGCUCUGGGCUGUGGCUGAGAUUGUGGAGAGUCCCCUCUACAGUGUCCUUUUCUUGGUGGUAUAGAUUCUGGUGGCUUCAAUAAGCACAAGUCCUGGGGUUGCAGAUUCUCUGCAUGUGAUCUUUGUUGCACAAAUGUUCCCCUGGCCUGUGCAACUCAUUGAGGUUACUGUCAUUACUCCUGGAGAAUGGAACUCAGCCAGUUCAUACUGUUCUAGUUCCACUGCCCCAGGUUUUGAAUGGCGGGUGCUGACUCCCUCUGCUGACUGUGAGUGAGGCAGAGUCCAGCCAGUAUCUAAACCAUGUCCUAUCACACUCCAUAUUUGUGGUCAAGGUUCAAGCUGGGAGAUGAAUUGGGCUAGGAGAGAAUUCAGACUGGGAGCUCUGGUUGCCUUGGGCCCAGACAUAUUAUUGCUUUGAAUGACCUCCUGCUGGCUAUGGUGAAGAUCUGAGAACUUCCUCUUUAGGUGUCCCAAGGACUUAGGCACCCUCUUGUUGUAGCUUUCUGUCAGCUUCAGCCACCAUCUGGGGUUCCCUGCCUCUAUGAUGCUGGAGAUUUGGAGAUUAUGGGCAGCUUCUCUCUGGCUUGGCCCCUCAUAGGACAGUGAACUGGAGGAAAGUCUCGCUAGUUUUCUUAGGACUCGGUAACUUACCACUAGGUGUCCCUCGCCCUCUCCAAUGUCUGUGGGCAUAGGCAGAAAUUCCAAGGGCUCUCCCUCCCCUGUGAACAAGGGGAACCAGGUAGAUCAGCCUCUCUUGGGAAGUGCUUGCCCAACUCAGCACUCAGCUGCCACCAAGUCCAGGCAGAGACUGAGCUGAGACCAGCAAUUUGGGUAGGUGGAAGUCAGAUCUCAAAUCUGAGCAGAGGAAAGGAGAACAGGAAGCCCGACCCAUUUACACUUAAGAUAGUUAUCAACAGUUGUUCUGGAUUUUCUAGGAACAGGUAUCUUACAUCAUUCCAAUAGAUGAGAAACCGUAUACUGUGCACCUUAAAAAAAGAUAUUUUUUGGCAGAUAAUUUUAUGGUCUAUUUGCAUAAUAAAGGAUCUGUGAGUUCUCAUUCUUCAGAUAUUUUGACUCAAUGCUACUAUCAAGGAUAUAUUGAAGGAUAUCCAAAUUCUAUUGUCACACUCAACACAUGCUUUGGACUCAGAGGAAUACUGCAAUUUGAAAAUGUUUCCUUUGCAAUUGAGCCUUUGGAAUCUGCCAUGGACUUUCAGCAUGUUCUUUAUAAAUUAGGGGAUGGAAACAAUGAACUUCGAGUUUUUAACAAAAAUGACAGAAGCACAGAAAAACAGCCAGUGGUCUAUAACAUUGUUACAGGUGAAAAAGAAUAUCCCAAGGGCAUAACUUUGGAUGCGUUUUCAGUUAUUUUUGCCCAAAUGCUGGGACUCAGUCUGGGAAUAUCAUAUGAUGAUCCAAAGAAAUGUCAGUGUUCAGAAGCCAUCUGUGCAAUGAAUUUAGAAGCUAUGCAAACCACUGGUGUGAAGAGUUUUAGCAAUUGCAGUAUAAGGGCUUUCAAAAAUUUCAUUGAAAGUAUGGGUGCCAAAUGUCUUCAGAAUAAACCUCUAAUGCAAGUAAAUCCAAGACCAGUUUGUGGCGAUGGCAAAGUGGAGGGAAAUGAAGCCUGCGAUUGUGGUACUGAAGAACAAUGUGGUCCUGCUAGCUGCUGUGAUCCUGCAAACUGUAUUCUGAAACAAGGAUCGCAAUGUGACACAGGACCAUGCUGCAGUAACUGUCAAUUGUCAGCAGCAGGUACUACAUGCAGACCUGUAGUACACCCUGAAUGUGAUAUAGCUGAGGUUUGCAAUGGAAGUUCACCAAGUUGUCCACAAGACAUAUUUGUACAAAAUGGACAUACUUGCAAACAAAAUAAGUUUUUUUGUUAUGAAGGAGACUGUCAUGAUCUGGAUGCAAAGUGUGAAGUCUGGUUUGGAAAAGGUUCAAAAAAUGCUCCAUUUGCGUGUUAUGAAGAAAUACAAGGUCAAACAGAUAGGUUUGGGAACUGUGGUCUUCAAAACCGAAAAUUUAAGUUCUGUGGAUGGAGGAAUCUCAUAUGUGGAAGAUUAAUUUGUACUUAUCCUUUUCACACUCCUUACCAUCGAGACAAUGCUUCUGUGAUUUAUGCUUUUGUACGACAGAGUGUAUGUAUAUCUGUGGACACUGGUGAUACAGCAAAAGACCCAUUUGAAGUCAGAAGUGGUGCUCAUUGUGAUACUGAGAGGAUUUGUGUAAACCGUGUAUGCGUGGAAUCAAGAAUGAUUAAGGAAAGUGCAAAGACUUGUGCACAACGGUGCUCUGGACAUGGAGUGUGCAAUUCCCAAGGUGUGUGCAACUGUUCUGAUGGUUACCUGCCUCCAGAUUGCCAAACAAGUGCCAGAAGUGCUUUUGUGACUGUAAAAUCAGGUUCAGUCAUGGAGAAAGCUUCUGGGAAUACUAUGAAGAACUGGCUUCUAGGUUUCUACAUUGGUUCACCUAUUCUCAUCAUAGUAAGCAUAAUAGUUGUGGUGUGGAAGGGAGUGAAAAAGUGGUUUUCCAAAGAAGAGGAAUUCCUAAGUAGCGAGUAAGUUGAAUUUGUGUUCUGAAGCUAACCUUUAGUAGCAUUUGAAUCUAAUAAUGUGUAAGGUAAUAUGAGCAGCAACAACUUGCGUUUUAUCAGGAUUUUGAGUCAAUAUCUCAUUUAGUUGUGUGAGGUGUUUGUGAAUUUUUCUUUUGAAAGAUGCAGAGAUUUGGGAGUAUAGUUAAAUAACUUGCCAAAGUCAUUGCUCUGCCCUUAACUCCCACCCAGUUAAUCCCAUCAGGAGAUUAAUCCACUGAUUGAGUUAAGACUCUUGUAACCCAAUCAACCCAGGUUUUCUACAGGAGCAUCACAAGUGUUUCUUAAAAAUGUACAUUUCUCAUGUAUCCUUCAUCUAUUUUUUUCCAAUGACAAUAUCUUAUAUUAACAUAUUGCCUUUUCACAGCCAGAAAAUUGGUAUUGGUACAAUACUAUUAAUAAAAUUAAAUACCUUAUUGGCUGGUAUUUACAUGCAUUCAUUUGUGUCUGCAGAGUCUUACGAAAUUUUAUCAUAUGAUUUGUUCACCAACACCACAAUUAUCACCAUUCCUUUUUGAAAUCCUACUUUUUAAAUUCUAGGUUCAGUCUCUUUUCUCCACCUGGCUUUAUUGAAAUAUGAUUGACAAUAAAAUUAUUUGUAUUUAGGAGUAUGACAUUAUGAUUGGAUAUACAUUUGCAUUGUAAAAUUAUUACUACAAUCAAGAUAAUUACACAUCCAUCACCUCAUCUAUUUACUCCUUUUUCUGUGUUUAUGGGGGGAACACUCAAGAUCUACUCUCAGUAAGUUUCAAGUAUACUAUACACCAUAAUUGUUUUUAAAAAUUAAAAAUAGCCACAUAACAUGACCAUAAAAUUAAGAAACACAAAAAGAAAGAAAAUAAACUAAUAAAGAUGUAUGCUUCUAUUCCAUUCCUCCACAUAUUUGGAAUUUCUGAUGUCCCAGUUUAUAAACUUUGAUUUUGCCUAUCUCUUAAAAUAUUAAUGUAGUUAUUAUUUUUAAAUUUUUCAUAGUUUUCAUUCCAAAGGUAUAAAGAGUUUUAUAUCUUUCAUUUAUA